AUGGCACCGCACUGGCUGCUCCUGCUGCUGGCGGCCGCCCUGGCCCCGACCCAGACCCGCGCGGGCUUGCACUCGCUGCGGUAUUUCUACACCACCGUGUCCCGGCCCGGCCUCGGGGAGCCCCGGUUCAUCUCUGUGGGCUACGUGGACGACACGCAGUUCGUGCGCUACGAUAGCGACGCGGAGACUCCACGAGAGGAGCCGCGGGCGCCGUGGGUGGAGCAGGAGGGGCCGGAGUAUUGGGAGAGGGAGACAAGGAACAUGAAGAACGCCGAGCAGAUUGACCGAGUUGACCUGAGGACCCUGCUCGGCUACUACAACCAGAGCGAGGGCGGCUCUCACACCAUCCAGAGGAUGUACGGCUGUGAGGUGGGGUCGGACGGGCGCCUCCUCCGCGGGAACCUUCAGGACGCCUACGACGGCCGCGAUUACAUCGCCCUGAACGACGACCUGACGACGUGGACGGCGGCGGACGUGGCGGCGCAGAUCACCAAGCGCAAGUGGGAGCAGGCUGGGGAUGCAGAGAGUUGGAAGGCCUACCUGGAGGACACGUGCGUGCAGGGGCUGCGCAGAUACCUGGAGAACGGGAAGGACACACUGCUGCGCACAGGUGGGGCCGCGGGCAACUCCUCCCUCUGCCCUCGGGCUGGGCUCAGUCCUGAGGAAGAGGAAACCCUCACUGGGGACAUGGAGCUGGUGGAGACCAGACCUUCGGGUGAUGGAACCUUCCAGAAGUGGGCAUCUCUGGUGGUUCCUUCUGGAGAGGAGCAGAGAUACACAUGCCAUGUGUACCAUGAGGGGCUGCCUGAGUCCCUGACCCUGAGAUGGGAGCCUCCUCAGUCCACGGUCCCCAUCGUGGCAGUCAUUGCUGGUCUGGUUCUCCUUGGAGCUGUGAUCAUUGGAGCUGUGGUGGCUGUUGUGAGGAAGAGGAGGAGAAACCCAGGUGGAAAAGGAGGGAACUAUGCUCCAGCUCCAGGCAGGGACAGUUCUCAGAGCUCCGAUGUGUCUCUCCCAGACUGUAAAGCAUGAAGACAGCUGCCUGGUGUGGAUGGAGUGACAGACAAUGUGUUCAGGUCUCUCCUGUGACAUCCAGAGCUCCUCAGUUCACUCUCAGCAAUAGUGUCUGAUGUUCCCGGUGAUCCCAUGGGCUCAAUGUGAAGAACUGGGGAGCCCAGCCCACCCCGCAUACCAGGACCCUGUUCCUGCACUGCUCUGUUCCCUUCCACAGCCAACCUUCCUGUUCUUGCAGACAGGAGGGGACAUCUCCAUCCUGUCUCCUCCAUGCUGUCCUGAGCUGCAACCCUGACUUCCCCACUGAAAAUAAGAAUCUGAAUGUGAACUUGAUUGUUCAUGUCCUUGAUCUCAAAGGUUGAUUGGUGGUAAAAUAAAGAAUUGAGAUAGAGUUUAUGGAGGAAAUAAAUGGCAGCGUGGAGAACCUCCCAGAA